AUGCUGCGUAUACGGUAUGCACAGCUUAUCUAAGGCUAAAAUACAGUUUCGCUCUCACCCAGGUACGAUUUUCACACAGAUGGUCAGACCAGAUUGCUCAGCAUUAUUACAAGGUGUGAAAACAGACUUUAGUUUUGACCACAACAAUGAACUUGUUAUUUCUUACUUUUAUUGGAAUUAGCCUCGUGUUUGCACUCAAAGUCAGACAAAGUAACACAUAUACAUCACCUAUAGUCAGAGCACCUAAAGUGAAUCCGUUUAAAGAAUUAUCAAAUGAUGAGCUUACUAGUCUUAAUGACUGGCUCAUGGACCCAAAUCAGUCACUCAAUCUGAAAGUAAUCGAUCAAGCAGAUUUAAGGGACAAUUACAUCGAUUCCAUCGAGCUCUGGCAACCAAAUAAAGAAGAUGCCAUUAAAUAUCUUGACCAAGGUGGCCCUAAACCAAAUCGUAUGGCAAAAGUUCAUAUAGUUAAUGGUGCAGACAAGCCACCUAUUAUUAAGACACUACUGGUUGGACCGUUACCAGUAUCAUCUGAUACUAAGGUUGAGAAUCUUGCUGACAAGAUUUAUCACAAUCCUAAGAUACCAUGGAAUGCAAAGACAUCUCACCCAGCUGAGAAUAUAGAACGUUCAAACAUCAUAUCAAAAGUAUUUGGUGCGAUAUCACCUGCAUUAAAUGAUUUGUUAGGUGCACCUUGGUCUUUUAACAACUAUGAUACCGGUUUUGUUCCAAACAAUGGGGACGGGUCAUUUAGACAUCCAUGGGUUGAGCUUAUGUUAAGUCAAAAUAAUUCGGCAAUGUGGUUUGCUUAUACGGGAUUCUUUGCCCAGUUUGACUUUUCAAAUCAAGACACCUCCGAAUGGAAAUUAUUGAAGCUUGUCUACGGUAAUAGGAAGUGGAAUUCAACAGAUUCAUUCAUGAAUGAUUUUGAAUCUGGAAGCAUCAGAGCCUCUCCAAAAGUAAACCUCACCGAUAUGCAAUGGGCUUUGCGUUCUGUCAAAGGCAAUACCCGAGAUUUGGAAGAAUUACCCGCACCACGCGCAUACUCUCCAAACGGGCCGCGCUAUCGCAUCGAUACAGCGGAAAGAUAUGUUAGUUGGUUGGAUUGGUCAUUCUAUAUUUCUUAUAGCCCAGAACAAGGUGUAGGUCUCUAUGAUGUUAGGUUCAAGGACGAACGUAUUGCAUAUGAGAUAACCUUACAAGAUGCAAUUUCUAACUAUGGUGGUUCUGAUCCUCUCCAAGCCUACACGGCAUACCUUGAUAGAGGUUACGGUAUGGGUACGAGUAUUACUACAAUGAUCAGAAAUUAUGACUGCUCUCAUGAGGCUACCUAUUUGAAUGUCAAUUAUUACGAAUCAGGUAAUAACCGUGUUAAAAAUGAUACUAUUUGUAUGUUUGAACACGAUUUGCAGAAGCCAUUAUCGAGACACAGUCAAUCAUCUGACUCUGGAUCAACCAGAGGAGUCGCUUUUGAAAUCCGCAGUAUAUACACGGUAGGGAAUUAUGACUAUCUUCUCAGUUUCCUUCUUUAUCCCGAAGGUUCAAUAGAAAUUGAGGUUGCCGCUUCAGGUUAUCUUCAAACUACAUAUUUCGAUCCUUUUGGUAGUUCCUACGGUACAAGGGUCAGUUCGACGUCGUCAGGAAGUAUUCACGAUCAUGUUAUAACUUUCAAAGUUGACCUGGAUAUAGCGGGUAAGGAAAAUAGCAUCGAGAAGAGACAGGUGGUUGUAUCUGAGGAUAAAUUUGAUUGGAUGGAUGAUGAUGAACCUCCAGUGAGACAAAAGAAAAUUAAGUCGAGUGUAAUGAAUAGAGAGCAAGACGCAAUUAUUGAUUGGGAUGGAAACACCAGUAGCCUUUGGUUGAUCGGAAACCAGAAUAGUACUAAUACUUACGGUUAUCCGCGUUCUUAUCGAAUUAUACCUCACUCAGUUAUACAUAAUAUUGUUGAUGGGUAUAAAAUGGAAAGAAAUGCUAAAUUUGCAGAUCACCAUGCAUUUGUUACAGUUAACAAAGAUAACGAACGUAGUGCUUCUUCCUUUUUUAAUGCCUUCUUACCACAGAGACCGCCCGUUGAUUUCACCAAAUUUUAUGAAGAUAACGAGAUGAUUAGACAGCAAGAUCUAACUCUAUGGUGUUCGGUUGGCUUUAGGCAUAUACCAAGAGCUGAAGAUGUACCAAAUACACUGUUUAUCGCAGCUAAAUCAUCUUUAUCAUUUUCACCAUUCAAUUAUGGGAAUGAAACACUAUCAAGAGAUUUACGUAAUUCAUAUUACGCCGUAGCCGAUGAUAAUGGGCACCUACUAGCUAAAGAUAAUGGCAUCGAUCUUGAAGAAUCUUGCUCAAUGCCUGCUUUCAAUACACCAGACAGGCUCACCUAAUGUAGCAAUCAUUAGAUGAAAAUCUUAUUGCUUUUUAUUAAUAAAAGAACAAUUUUAGAUGUCAUCUACAUCAUUACAGAUAAUUUAAUUUUGUUGCGCGAUUGUACUGUUGAUUCGAAGAACGACAUAGACUAAUAAUGGACUAUGUAAUACUGUUCAUUGAUCAGCACUUUUAGAAGAGAACAGCAGGAUAUUUAUGAAUUGUAUUCUUGCAAUAACAGUCACAUACUAGUAUAAAGAUGUGUUGAACUUGAAUAUACUAAACGAUCUUGCACAACGUCGUGGUGACAUACUGGUUGAGCUACCCUAUUG